GCCGCCAUCUGUGGCCAUAUCUUUGCCUGAACAGUGCGCCCCAUGUUCCCGCUGCAGCGCCAAGGCACUUUGAUGGGGGUCGUUGCGUACGUUAUUUGGGGGCUGAGUGCCAUCUACUGGAGGCUGCUCGUUCAGGUGCCUGCGAUGCAGCUCCUAUGCCAUCGUAUCGUGUGGGCUCUGCCCGUCGCUGCCGUUGUCGCGGUCGCAACUGGCCACGGUCCCACAACACGUUCGUGUGUGUCAUUCCAAGCGACGACUGUGGUGUUUUACAUCGUGACAGCGACCCUCUUGGGCAUCAACUUGUGUGUCAGCAUUGUGGCCGCGAAUGCUGGAUUCAUCGUCGAGCUGAGCCUGGGGUACUUUACCAGCCCCCUCGUGACGGUACUCCUGGGCGUCGUCAUGCUUCGCGAGCGGCUUCGACGGUGGCAGUGGGUUGCCAUCGCCAUGGCGACGUCUGGGCUGCUCACCGUCACGUUCUUAUACGGCAAGUUUCCGUGGAUCUCGAUUGUCCUCGCCGCCAACUUUGGCGUGUAUGGGCUCAUGCAGAAGAAGGCGCCACUCGUGUCCGUCCAGGGCAUUUGCAUCGAGUUUGCCAUCUUGACGGUGCCAAGUGCCGUGUAUUUGAUAUACGAGCACCGCCGCGGCACUGCGGCGUUCAUGUCAUUGUAUCCCGGGUACGACAUUCUCCUGGUUGGUCUUGGCGUUCUCACGGUAACGCCACAACUGCUCUUCUCCACGGCCAUCAAGCGCAUCCCCCUUACGACCAUGGGUUUGCUUCAAUUCAUCGGGCCGACGCUCAACAUUCUCACGGGCGUCGUCAUUUACAAUGAGGAUUUUCAGUGGACAAAAGCGAUCGGGUUCGCCCAAGUCUGGCUUGGUCUCGUCAUUUACGCGAUCGACCUGGUCCGGUAUGGAGCCAAGCCCGCUUCCGCCCCUACUGACGCCGUCGCCGCCACGGAUCGGCCGACCAUCGCGCGUGCCGCUGAUGUCGACGAGGCACUCGAAUUGACCGAAAGCGACGCCGCAUCGACUGCUAAGCCGACCGCCAAGAUGUAGCCUCCAAGGAUAUCCUGCAAGGGGACGCCACCCAGAAGUCGUCAUUUUCACAACUCAUUGUACGAGCGCGAAGGGUGCUGCCUGAAUGGAUGGGCAAUCUGUCUCGAGCAGGCAAUUCAAUCAAACGAGCCAGCAUCUCGAUGUUGCGAU